UACGUUUAUUUGACGACCCCCAAAACUGUAACACGUUUUUAAUCUUUAUUUCAGGCACAGGACAAUGCGGGUCGACGAAGUUAUUUGGAGACAACGGUAUUCAUGAUUUCGAUGACAUUACUUCAAACUCAAACUAUGCCUAUAUGAUGAAUGAUGAAGACCUCAUCAUCGACUGUUGCGGAGUUAUACAUCGCUGGGAUGUGACGGUCGAGGGCGUUCCCGCCGGGACGACGCCGAUCUACUUCCAAGUGUGGCGCCCCACCGCUGCCGGUGGCAACUCGUACGAACUUGUAGGUCAAAACGUAGAAACCGUAACUAGUGACGGUAGCAAAACAUUUAAUAUUGCCACCGCGAACCGAAUCACCGUCAAAAACAAAGACCGCUUUGGAUGGUAUGUGAAUGGGGAUGACAUCGUUACUUACAAGGCGGGUGGAAGGGAGUUUGACGCUAACCACAUGCAGGCGAUGGCGUCUGCGCCUACCGUUGGGAACACCGUAUCGUGGGGCGGGACAAUAGCCAAUGACCGCUCAUAUGCGAUACGAGUGGUGGUCGAUCCGAACACAGAUCCCGUAUUCACAAACACUCAGUGGAGCAUCUCGGUUGGAAAUGCCGUCGCCAUAGGAACGUCACUGGUGAAGCUCACAGUAAAUGAUGACGACAGUAACGACGUCAGCACGUUGGUGGUUACCAUGGUAGCCAAUACCAAGUACUCUUUCGAUACAUCAACUUAUAUCCUCACUACUGCCGGAAGUUUGGGCGCUGACGGCGGCACUUCAACCGAGCUUUCGUUUCGCGUCGCCGACCAGUGCGGCAACACCGGAUCUGCCACGUUCACCGUGACCAUAACAAAUGACCCGCCGGUGAUUCACAGUCUCCCUAACGUCAUUUCAGUCAGCGAGGACGAGACGCUCGAAACGUUGCUCCACACACUCAACGUCACCGACACGUAUGGCGCCCCCACCUGCUCUCUGGCGGCGUCCGUGCCGGCAGAGUGGCCGUUCUUCAUGCAGAAAGUUCCUGGGACUUCCGACUACGGUAUAUAUAGCGAGUCGAGCCCCGGGUUCAACUACGUGGUGAAGAAAUCGUACGACAUACCGGUGGAGUGUACUGACGGGUUCUUGUCGGAUACCGAGACAUUGUCCGUGAAGCUGAUACAAAACACACCGCCCGUCAUCCUGAACUUGCAAAAUUCCACGUCCGUGUCCACCACAGACCCAAUAGGAACCACAGCGUUCUACGUCAUCGCUACCGACUCCACGAACGAUGACAUCACAUUCUCGAUGACGUGUUCCCCUGUCGUCUGCCCCUUCAAAAUAUUCAAUUCCGGCGAGAUCCAAAUCACGGAGGACCUGUCCGGACACACCGUCGUCGGGUAUGACCUUCAAAUUACAGUCGCCGACAGUCGCAACACCGUCGGCCCGAGACUACUUACCAUCACUAUUGCAGAUUUGAACGACCCAGUUCAGCUAACGAACAUACCAUCAAGUGUCGUCAUUAAGGAGAACUCCGCCGUCGGCGCGCUCGUGUACACAGUCUCGUUCUCCGACAUCGACACGUCACAGAAGCACACGUUCGCUAUGACGUCAUCUCCCGUACAGGGGCUGUCAUAUUUCUCAAUUGACCCGUCAACGGGGCAAGUAACAACUUCCGGCGUCAUAAAUUACGAGGCACUUACAGCGACGUCAUUCAUCCUCGGCGUUACGGUGACGGAUCCAGUGACGUCAGACGCGGCUAAUCUGACGGUGACUGUUUCCAACAUCAACGAGGCACCGUCGUUUGCUCAGUCCAGCUAUUCCCUGUCCGCUAGCGAAGGGCUUGUCGGAACGGUCAUUGGAACGCCGCCGUUCGGAUUGGCAGAUCCCGACGCCGGCGAUUCAGUCACCCUGACUUUGGAUUGUGGAUCGCAGACUGCUUACUUCUACAUGCACUCGACGAGCGGACAGAUCAGCUACCAGUCAAGCUACGAUCUUGACUCAGGGUCCCUUCCGUCCGCAGUCACGUGUAACGUGUCGGCGACUGAUACUGGGGGGCUACGCAGUUUUGCAUCUUUAUUUAUUACAAUCAGCGACGUCAACGACAACGUUCCUCAGUUUUCUCCAACGGCGUACACGUUUCACGUCGACUACUAUGCAAGCCCGGGAGCCGUCGUGGGUGCCGUAACCGCAACCGAUGAAGAUAUCGGCAAGUACGGUGUCGUCACGUACAGCUUAGAGCAGUCGUUCCUCGAUAAGGAAUACUUUUCAAUUGACGUCAACGGACGGAUAAGCGUCAGAAUUUCACCGUCUAGCGGACAGCUUGCAUACGCUUCGGCAAUCAGCGUCACGGCGCGAGCGUCCGACGUCGAUGGAAACGAAGAUACGUCUACGGUUCUGAUAAUUGUUUCAGACACCACUACGACCAGCACCACCACAACAACGCUGCGCUACCGGAAGUUCAUCGAGGACGGACGUAACGUCGCCUGGGUCUCAGCGUCCGCGGUGAUCAUUGCCGCUAUCAUAGUCGCGUUGGGUUACGUCAUCUACACGUGCGAGGGUGACCAGGGGUGCUCACAGUUCUCUAGAAAUCUGUGCAACAAGCGGAAGUCCUUGCGGCGCUUGCACCCACGGCGCAUGCCCAGAUCGUACGACUUCCGGUCAUGUGAUUUCUCCCCGGCCGGGAACCAAGAGUCGAAAGGAUCAAUCAGACACCCGCCACCGCCAAAACAAUUCCAAUGGUGGCGUUCGGAGGCACUGUAAUGCGUUGAAUCAUAACAGAGCGUUAACCCUUUGCAUGCUGGGAAAUUUGUCGUCAGCUAAAAUGUCGUCUGCUGAAUUUCUAAAAUUAACAUUUUUUUCGAAUUUUUUCAAAGAAUACUAUAAGAAUAGCAAACAGUUUGGAUCCUGAUGAGACGCCACGUUCUGUGGCGUCUCGUUUAGAUCAAAACUGUUUGCAAAGGCCUUUAAAAUUCGGUUCCAGCACUGAAAGAGUUAAUGCCAUAUUGACGUUUGUGACGUGAGUUUGGGACGCGUCACCCCAUAAUUGUUAUAUUGAAGGCAUCGCGCUCAAAAGCUUUGUUAUGAAAAAGUUAGCAUUUAAUUGCGAAUAUGUAUAAUCAUCCUUUUAAACUACACUUUAAAAUACCUUUCUUUGUAAAGUGUUGACAUUCAAUCCAAUUUAUAUAUCAACAAGUUUACAACUUUGUUCUGACUUUCCCGACUUUGUUAAUAAUUAUAAUGAACGUGUAAGUGGUAAUAGUAAUACAACCAAAAU